UUUGUCUUAUGCACAUGAAGCACUGGCUCACACAGGAGCAGAGGUCACCCAAGACCUGAUUUACAUUUUUUACUUUUAAUGAUUUGGAUUUUACACCGAGUAGAGGCGAUGUCUGAAGAGAGAUUACAGUUCUGUUUUGAUCUUCUCCUGUGAUCUGAGUCAAACAUGGACAGAGAGGAAGGGGCCCCCGAGCAGAGAGUCGAAGCUUCUGGACUUUCUGAACCUAAACCUUUUCCUCGCAGUUUGUCUCUGCAAAGUGACAAGUCUUUGUACAGAUACAUCGAUUUUAAAAGAGACGCGACAGAUGAAGCUUCUGGACUUUCUGGACCUAAACCUUCUCCUCGCAGUUUGUCUCUGAAAAGUGACGGCUCUUUGUUCAGAAACAUCGAUUUUAAAAGAGAUGCAGCCUCAGACUGUGACUCUGCCUACGCGUCUGUGAGCUGUGACCGCUCUCUGCUCAGAAACUGGGAUUUUCCAUCAUCUUCAAAACCAAAAACAGAACCUGAACAUGGGAGCAGAUAUGUGUCCCCGAAGAAAAAGAACUCCAUUGACAGAGACAGAGAAGCGACGGCGCAGUGGAUCUCAGAGGAAACACUAAACUCCAUAUUUACGCGUCUGGAGCACAGUCUCAUUAGUUUUGUGAAAGAGGAACUGAAGCGGUACCACAGAGUUCUGGCCUCAGAUUACCCACAAUGCCUUGAGAACGAGGAGGACGAGGAGCAGAGGAACAGAGAGUCAUUUCUGAACAUCACUAUGGAUGUUCUGAGGAGGAUGCAGCAUCAGGAGCUGGCGGAGAAACUUCACUGCAGCAGUCUUACUGGGGUCUAUCAGAGGGAGCUGAAGUCCAGUCUGCAGCAGAGGUUCAGUCAUGUGUUUGAGGGUGUGGCAAAAGCAGGAGACUCCGCCCCCCUGAAUCAGAUCUUCACAGAGCUCUACAUCACAGAGGGAGGAGCCUCAGAGGUCAACCAGGAACAUGAGGUCAGACACAUGGAGAUGGCAUCCAGGAGACCAGUCACUCCAGAAAUGACAAUAACGUGUGAAGAUAUCUUUAAAGACCACGCCCACAGACAGGGACCAAUCAGAGCAGGGGUAACAGAGACACAAGGACCAAUCAGAGCGGUGCUGACGAAAGGUGUGGCUGGUGUGGGAAAAACGGUGCUGACUCAGAAGUUCAGUCUGGACUGGGCUGAAGGCCGGGCCCACCAGGACCUCCAACUGCUGUUCCCCUUCACUUUCAGAGAGCUCAAUGUGUUCAGAGACACACAGUUCAGCCUGGUGGAGCUGCUGCACCACUUCUUCAGUCCAUCCAAACGUCUUUGCAACUUUGAAGACCUCCAGGUGCUCUUCAUCUUUGACGGUCUGGAUGAGUGCAGACUUCCUCUGGACUUCAGACAAACCAAGGCCCUGAGCGACCCCACAGAGUCCGCCUCAGUGCACGUGCUGCUGGUGAACCUCAUCAGGGGAAGCCUGCUUCCCUCCGCUCGCCUCUGGAUAACCACGCGCCCCGCCGCUGCCAAUCAGAUCCCUGCUGAGUGCGUCUCCAUGGUGACAGAGGUACGAGGGUUCACCGACCCACAGAAGGAGCAGUACUUCAGGAAGAGGUUCAUAGACCAGGCCACAGCCGUCAUCUCCCACAUCAAGAGCGUCCGCAGCCUCCACAUCAUGUGCCACAUUCCAAUCUUCUGCUGGAUCCUCUCUGUUGUUAUACAGAAGCUUCUGGAACAAACAGAACCUGAGCUGCCCCGGACUCUCACACAGAUGUAUGUCCACCUUCUAGUAGUGCAGCUUAAACAGAAGAACGUUAAAUAUGAUGGGAAACUGGAGGCAGAUUCAGCCUGGUCUCCUGAAAACAGGGAGAUGGUGAAGUGUCUGGGAAAACUGGCCUUUGAGCAGCUGCAGAAAGGAAACCUGAUCUUCUACGAGAGUGACCUGAGCGAGUGUGGGCUGGAUACUGAGGCGGUUUCAGUGUACUCCGGAGUGUUCACACAGGUCUUUAGAGAGGAGCCAGGCCUGUACCAGGACAAGGUCUACUGCUUCAUCCAUCUGAGUGUGCAGGAGUUUCUAGCUGCUCUCCACGUCCAUCAGACCUUCUAUGAAACUGGAGUCAACCUGCUUUUUCCAGAACAAACCCACAACGCCUCCAGGCAGCUGUUCUACCAGAAGGCUGUGGAUCAGGCCUUACAGAGCUCAAACGGACACUGGGACCUGUUUCUGCGCUUCCUUCUGGGGCUCUCUCUGCCGACCAAUCAGAGCCUCCUGCAAGGUCUCAUCCCACAGACAGGGGGCGCUGCAGAGGAGACAGCAGUGUACAUCAAACUAAAGAUGAAUGAGUGUGAUUCUACAGAGAGAGCCCUGAACCUGCUCCACGGUCUGGGUGAGCUGAAUGAUCGCAGUCUGUUGGACCUGGUGCAGAGUUACUUGAGGGCGGGGCAGUUCUCCAGACACAUGCCCCCGGCUCAGUGGUCGGCUCUGGCCUUCAUCCUUCUGUCCUCGGACACAGAGCUGGACCUGUUUGACCUCAGGAGGUUCAGAGCUUCUCAGGACGUGCUGCUCAGGCUGCUGCCCGUCAUCAAAGCUUCCAGCAGAGCCAUCCUGUCUGCCUGUGGUCUGGGAGAGGAGGCUUGUGCGGCUCUGUCUAAAGUUGUAUUUGCACAGUCGUCAUGUUUGAAGGAGCUGGAUCUGAGCCAGAACAAUCUGGGGGACUCUGGACUACAGCUGCUCACAGAGGGACUGCAGAGCCCACACUGCACCCUAGAGUCUCUCAGACUGCAGUGCUGUAGCCUCUCAGAGCAGAGCUGUGGUCUCCUGUCUUCAGUCUUGUCCUGCUCCUCAGGCCUCAAACAUCUGGAUCUCAGUAACAAUGACCUGAAGGACUCUGGAGUGGUGCACCUGUCAGAGGGUCUGAGGAGUCCAAACUGUAAACUGCAGUCACUCAGUCUGUCCGGGUGCCUGAUCUCCGGGAGGGGCGCCUCUGUCCUCUGUGACGCUCUGAACCUGAACUCUCGUUUGAUGGAGUUGGACUUGAGCUACAACCACACAGGACUCCCAGGGGUCACACUGCUGUCGUCUGUGGAGAAGAGCCUGAAGGGCAGUCUCAGCAGCCUCAGAUUGACACCAAGUGGAGAACAGUUUUUAAAACCUGGCUUAAAGAAAUACUUUACUGACCUGUCUCUGGACUUGAACACCGCGUACAGAAAAUUGGACCUCUCAUCCGACCUCCGCACGGUGAUCUUUGUGGAGGAGGAGCAGCCGUACCCAGACCUCCAGACCCGCUUUGACUGGUACCCCCAGGUCCUCUGCUCGACCGCCCUCACAGCGCGCCACUACUGGGAGGUGGAGUGGAGCGGGGUGGUCAGCAUUGCCGUGAGCUACAAAGACACCCCACGGAAAGGAAGAGACACGGGAAUCGUGUUCGGACAAAACAGCGGCUCCUGGAGGAUCUGGUGCUCCAAUGGUCGAAUCUCCGUCUGUGGGAAUAAUCAGGAGCAGUACCUGGACGUUCCUCCGUGGGGCGCCGUGGGGAGAGUAGCCGUGUUCCUGGACCGGGAGGAGGGGUUCCUCUCGUUCUACAGAGUCCUGGAGAAUCGAUUGGUCCACCUCCACACCUUCAGCGCCGCCUUCAGCCAGCCUCUGUACGCCGGGUUUGGCUUUGGGUCGUGUUUCUCCUCAGCAAAUCUCAUCUGUCGCCCUGAAGUCAUAUGGUCGUAGGUUCGAUUCUCAGGCUGAUCCCUACGUCUGGUUGUGUUUCCUCGGGUUGUAACCUGAACAGCAAUGGACAAUUUAAGUAUUGGACCGUGCCUUCCCGUUACAAACAUUCAUAUUUCUACAGUAUUGAUGUGGUUUUCAGAUAAAAACGUGAUGCCUCAAAUCUCAUACUCACAAAUGGUGGGCAGAAGCUAAACACGUCAUAGCAGUGCACCUACCUACCUCACUCCAGCUGACCACUAACCCAGAUCCAUACUACCAUAAUGUUGUCACGAUACUAAACUUGAUUUCAGUUCUAGGGAGAAGAACCAGCACCAGAAUCCCUUUUAAUUGCUUUGUAUUUUACCUUGAACUAUCCAAAAGCGCAACCCUGAAUCUGACCAUUUUAAAAACUUGAACAGUGUUGGCUCAUUUUCUAAUGGACUGUCUCAGAUCUGGACAAAGGGUCAACUCUCAUUUCACUCCAUACAGUGUCAUUAACGUCACUCCCUUAUUCUCAUUUCUGUUUUUGGAUUUAGUUUUGUGCAAUACUAAUAAAACUUAAGUACACUUGUA